CAGCAACAAGGCGUGUGGCGCAGCAAUUGCCUGCAACGCGGUGCUACGAAGUCGUCGCUUCUGCAGUACUCGGUGCUACGUAGUGGCUGUCGCUUCUGCACUACUCGUCGUCUGGUGAACGCUGCACCCAGCUGCGCAAAUGGCGAGAAGGCUGCUGCAGACCGUCGCCUGCGCCGUCGCCCUCAGGCCGCCCCAUCAAGGGCUACGCCAGCCGACGCGACGACCCGCGACGCUCGCGCAACCGACGACGACGACGGUAGAGGUGGACUUGGGAGAUCGGUCCUACCCCAUCUACAUCGGAGACGGGUUGCUCACCGAGGACGCCGCGACGGCCUCUCAGUACCUCCAGACCCACGUGAAGGGCUCGCAGGUGUUGAUCGUCACCAACGAAAUUUUAGAUAGGUUAGGAUAUACGCAACGAACGAAAGCGGCCCUGGAGUACGGCGACUCCGGACUGAGGGUGGAAACUCUAGUCCUACCGGACAACGAAGAGCAACCAAGCGAAGCGACAAAAACGCUCGAAAACCUCGGCAAAAUCACGGAUUAUGCCAUAGAAAAAGCGUUAGAUAGGAAAGCGACGUUCGUCGCGCUCGGCGGCGGCGUCAUCGGGGAUAUGGUCGGCUUCGCGGCGGCGUGCUACGUGCGAGGCGUCGACUUCAUCCAGAUUCCGACCACGCUCAUGGCCAUGGUCGACUCGUCGGUGGGCGGCAAGACGGCCGUCAACAGCAAGUCCGCGAAGAACAUGGUCGGAGCUUUCUAUCAACCCGUAGCGGUCGUGGCGGACGUCGGGUCGUUGCGCACGUUGCCUGACAGGGAACUGGCUUCCGGUGUGUCGGAAGUCAUUAAAUAUGGUCUGAUCCGAGACGCGCCCUUCUUCGAAUGGCUCGAGGAUAAUAUAGAAAAGGUACUUGAGAGGGACUCGGAAGCAUUGAUCGAGACCGUCGAGGCCUCGUGCCGGAACAAGGCCGAGGUCGUCGCGCUAGAUGAGAAGGAGGGAGGUGUGCGAGCGACAUUAAACCUAGGACACACCUUCGGCCACGCUAUAGAAACGAAGGCCGGGUACGGUACUUACUUACAUGGCGAAGCGGUGGGCAUCGGCAUGCACAUGGCCGCGAAGAUGUCGCGGGACUUGGGCUGGAUCUCGGACGAGUUGUUCGAGCGGGCCGUGGCGCUGGUCGCGCGGGCGAAGGUGCCGAUCGUGCUACCUCUGGACUCGCCGCUCGACGUCGCGUCGUUCGAGUCGAUAAUGGCCGUGGACAAGAAGGUCGCCGACGGCUUGUUAAGGCUGAUCCUGCUGAAGGGCGACCUGGGCAAUUGCGUGUUUACGGGCGAAUACGACCGGGCGGUCCUCAAAGAGACGCUGGAGCACUUCUGCGAUCCCGAAAACCGGAGUAAUUAGUAAAUAUGACAC